CUACUUUCACCCCCAUUGUGAUUCUCCGGCUCACACUUUGCUGGAGUUGGUGCGGGGUGAGCAGGAUAAAAAAAAACAGCUAUAGGUGCUUUCACGGAUUUUAUUUUCCUGCCUUCAAUGAUUCCCGAAUAUGCAUUGAUGUCGCCGUUUAAAAUCGAGGGAGUUUGUCUUGAAAGGAGGUCCAGGUUUAGCGACGACGUUGCGAAGUUGUUCCCUUGAAGUUUUCCCCCAAGGGCUGCAAAGCGAAUUCCCUGUUUACUAUUCAACUACCCCAGCCACCAUGGCGAGGCGGGUAGGGGGAGAAGGAUCCGUGAUUUUAACACAAAUUCCAUACACGAAUUGGAGUAAGCAGUCGAGACUCCACUGGUAUGACUUCAUGGCGGUUUCUUGGAGCUGUAUGGCAGUCAUGUCGCUUCUAUGUUGUGGGGUUUGUGGUGCCGAAACGGAGUUCUCGAUCUUGGAGGAGGCACAAGUUUUAGCCGUUCAAAUGAAAAAACUGUCCUCGCAGGAGCUUGGAGUCUUCAACAUGCAGAGAAUCUUCAACUCAUUUGUGUACACAGAAAAGACCUCAAACAGAGAGACCGAGGUACAGCAGCUUGCGAAGAAGAUCCGUGAGAAGUUUAACCGCUACCUGGAUGUGGUGAACAGGAACAAGCAGGUAGUGGAGGCGUCAUACACAGCCCACCUGACCUCUCCUCUGAACGCCAUCCAGGACUGCUGCACCAUCCCCCCCUCCAUGGUUGAGUUUGAUGGUAACUUCAACACCAACGUGUCCAAGACCAUCUGCUGUGACAGGCUCUCCCCCACGGUCAACAGUCGAGCCUUCAACCCUGGACGGGACCUCAACUCAGUGUUGGCAGAUAACCUGAAGUCCAACCCGGGCAUCAAGUGGCAGUACUUCAGCUCAGAGGAGGGCAUCUUCACUGUGUUUCCCGCCCACAAGUUCCACUGCAAGGGCAACUACGAGCACCGUAGCAGGCCAGUGUACGUGGCGGCGGUGCGGCCCCAGUCCAAACACAUCGUGGUGAUAAUCGACCACGGAGUGACCAUUACAGAAACACAGCUCCAGAUUGCCAGAGAUGCUGCCCUCGUCGUCCUCAACUCUAUAGAUGAACAUGACAAGGUCUCGAUCCUGUCCUCAGCGGAGGCUGUGCGCUCCUGUUCUCUGGACCAGUGCUAUAAGAGCUACCUGUCUCCUGCCACCAGCGAGACCAAGAGGAAGAUGAGCGCCUUCAUCACCAACCUCAAGGCCUCCGACAGCCCUACCCAGCAUGCACUGGGCUUCCAGAAGGCCUUCCAGCUCCUAAGGAACACCAGCAACGUCACCCGGAAACUCACCAACACAGACAUGGUGAUCGUCUACCUGUCGUCUGGCAUCACGUCCCGAGACACAUCGGAGCAUGAGAAGAGAGACACCCUCCGUGUGGUCAAAGAGGAGAACCGCCACCUCAACAACUCCGUCAUGAUCCUCACCUACGCCCUCAUGAAUGAGGGCGUGACGGGUCUGAAGGAGCUAGCGUUCCUGCGUGACCUAGCGGAGCAGAACUCUUUGAAGUACGGCGUCCCGGACCGCUCAGCGCUACCCGUGGUGAAGGGGAGCAUGAUGGUCCUGAAUCAGCUCAGUAACCUGGAGACCACCGUGGGACGCUUCUACAUCAACCUGCCCAACCGCAUGAUAGACCUGUCCUGCUUCAGCCUGCCCUACCAGGACCCCAUGGGAGACGGUUUCAUCAUGACGGUGAGCCGGCCCUGUUACUUUGGCAACCUGUUGCUGGGUGUGGUUGGGGUGGACGUGAACCUAGCCUACAUUCUAGAGGACGUCACCUACUACCAGGAUUCCUUGGCCUCCUACACCUUCCUCAUAGACAACAAAGGUUACACCCUGAUGCACCCGUCCCUCACGCGGCCCUACCUGAUGACAGAGCCUCCCCUCCACACUGACAUCAUCCACUAUGAGAACAUCCCUGGCUUCCCCAUAGUACGGGACAACAUUCUCCGUCUGCCCCUGGGUAGUCAGGUGAUAGCUGUGCCCACCAACUCCUCUCUGUCCUGGCACACCAACCGCCUCCGAGACCCUAGCAAGGAUGCCUACAACGUCAGUUACACAUGGAAACUGGUCCAGGACAAGUCGUUCAUCCUGUGCAUAGUGAACGUCCAGCCAGAGAUCCCUGUGAAACACCUGAAGAACCUGAACACUGCUCCCAGCUCCAAGCUGCUCUAUCACCGCCUGGACCUGCUGGGUCAGCCCAGCUCCUGUCUGCACUUCAAACAGCUGGCCACUGUCGAGAGUCCUACAGUGAUGCUGUCUGCAGGGAGUUUCUCCUCGCCCUACGAACACCUCAGCCAACCAGAGACCAAACGCAUGGUGGAACACUACACUGCCUACCUCAGUGAUAACACACGUCUCAUUGCCAACCCUGGACUCAAGUCGUCGGUCAGGAACGAGGUGAUGGCGACCAGUCACGUCACAGAUGAAUGGAUGACACUCAUGGAGAUGAGUAGCCUCAACUGCUACAUUGUGCGCCGUUACAUAGCAACGCCCAAUGGAGUGCUUCGGAUUUACCCCGGCUCACUCAUGGACAAAGCCUUCGAUCCGUCCCGGAGACAAUGGUACCAACAUGCAGUGGCGAACCCUGGCCUCAUCACCUUCACCGGGCCUUACCUGGAUGUGGGCGGGGCCGGAUACGUGGUCACCAUCAGCCACACCAUCCACACCUCCAGUUCUCAGAUGGCCUCAGGGUAUGCAGUAGCAGUAAUGGGGAUAGACUUCACACUGCGUUACUUCUACAAGGUUCUGCUGGACCUGCUACCCAUCUGCAAUCAGGACAAGGGCAACAAGAUCCGGUGUUUUAUUAUGGAGGACAGGGGUUAUUUGGUGGCCCACCCCACCCUCAUCGAUCCUAAAGGUCACGCUCCAGCCGAGCGGCAGCACAUCACACACAAGGAACCGCUGGUGGCCAACGACAUCCUGAACCAUCCUAACUUUGUCAAGAAGAAUUUGUGCAACAGCUUCAGCGACCGCACAGUCCAACGUUUCUACAAGUUCAACACCAGCAUCAUUGGUGACUUGACUAACCUGGUCCACGGGAGCCACUGCUCCAAGUACCGUCUGACUCGUAUCCCUGGCACCAACGCUUUCGCUGGCAUCGUCAACGAGACUUGUGAUUCGCUGGCUUUCUGUGCCUGUAGCACCGUGGACCGCCUCUGUCUCAACUGUCACAGGAUGGAGCAGAAUGAGUGUGAGUGUCCAUGUGAGUGCCCCCUGGAGGUCAACGAGUGUACUGGCAACCUCACCUACACUGAGAACAGGAACCCCAGCUGUGAGGUGCACCAGGAGCCCCUGUCUCUGACGGUGAUUGACUCCAGUCUGCAGGACACCCUGCACCAGUGUAUCAACACUCGCUGCAGCCAGCGCUUCACUAGCAGUGACUGUUUUGGCGUGUUGGACUGUGAAUGGUGUAUGGUGGACAAUGAUGGGAAGACCCACCUGGACAAACCUUACUGUGCCCUGCAGAAGGAAUGCUUCGGGGGUAUCCUCGGGGCCAAGAGCCCUUACAUGGACGGCAUAGGGAUGUUGGAUGAGGAGGUAGCGUCUCUGAACAUGAUUCGGAGUGCACCGGUAGGGCCGGUUGCUGGGGGGAUUAUGGGCUGUAUCAUGGUGCUGGUGUUGGCUGUAUACGCCUACAGACACCAGCUCCACCGGCGCUCACAUCAACACAUGUCCCCUCUGGCCGCGCAGGAGAUGUCAGUGCGGAUGUCUAACCUGGAUAAUGAGCGAGAUGAGGACAGUCAUGAAGACAGGGGAAUCAAUGUUUUCCUGUCCCGUCCUGCAGUCAGCAACACACGGUUUAUUGCUGCGGUGAUUGAGAGACACACCCACAGCCCCGAGCGCAGGAGGAGGUACUGGGGACGGUCAGGGACAGAGAGUGACCACGGUUACAGCACCAUGAGUCCUCAGGAGGACAGCGAAAACCCUCCCUGCAACAACGACCCCUUGUCGGCCGGCGUGGACGUGGGGAACCACGAUGACGACCUGGAUCUGGACACGCCCCCUCAGACGGCGGCGCUGCUCAGCCACAAGUUCCACCCAUACCGCCACCCGCCCCACCACCAGCUCCACACACACCACCUGCAGGCAGCAGUCACUGUGCACAGUGUGGACACAGAGUGCUGAUCCUCUGUACCCGAUCCCUACACAGGCCUCAGCUCUCCUCCAACCCCACCAGCCCUCUCCCAAGCCUGGCUACAUCACUACUAGCUAUUCAUCCAACACUACCACUACAAACUCCAGACUCCACCACCCAUGUGUGCUCCCACUGUGCCAAGCCAGGGUGAGAGGAGUUGGGCUGGGGAGAACAGAGCAGUCCCCCUCCUGGAGGACUCCUUAAUGUUCACACACUCCACCUCUGUUGAGGAACACUAGCUUCUGUAGCCCAGUAUAGCCCUGCUCAGAAACACGGGGGGUGUGGUGGAGGCCUCUUUUAUUCAAAAGGGGUCUGAACUUGUUUAAAAGUGUAAACAAUGCAUCUCAGAUUUUUAAGAAGAAGAUAACAAAUAAGAAUAAAGGAUUAUUUUUCUACUAUUUAUUGAACUGGAUUUGAGAGUGAUCAGAUGAGCGCCUGACAGUGGCUGGAACUGAACUGAAUGAACUCUGGUUGCCAAGGUAACCACAGUGGCUGAUCAUGGCCCACAGAGUGCCCCUGCUGCACAUGCCCCUCACUUCCUGUUAAGGAUGCAUCAUGGAGAGGAAGUGGUUAUUCAACACAUAUCUGACACAUGUUAUCCUUUGGAUUAUUUUCAGUAGAGAAUGAGAAAAUCAUUGUUAUUGUUUUGAAGGUGAAAUUAGUUGAAUUCUUUGUCCUGACUGAACAAGCUGAAUACAAUACAUUGUAUUCACUAAUCCACCCUACCAGUCUAGGGCUGGUUUGUGUCAACAGGAUGCUGUAUGACUGAAUAUGGAAGGGCCAUGCCAGGACCCUGGCAGAAUGACUCAGACACACAGGAAGAGCCAUUCCCACACGUUGGUGGCCUGUUAUCUGCCUGAACAUUAAGGCAUAGAGCUGGUGAGAGGGAUUGGUUGGUCUGUCUUAUCUGACCCCCUCACACUAACAUCCGGACCUGGUGGGCCAAGCUAUGAUGCUCUCUGUCUCUAUGCCUGAGUGGGACCUAUCACUGUUAAAGGGAGGUGUGUGUACACAGCUUGUGCAACUGUAAUGGGGUGUGUGUGUUUGGUCUGAUUGUAUGGAAGUGGUCAGAGCAUCUCAAUUGAAAGCAUUAUUACAUGGUUUAAUUGUUUUGAAAGUGUAAUUAGUGAAUAGAGAUCAAAUCAUUUUUGUUUCAGCAGUCCGCCUGAUUAUCUGACGAGUAAUUUCCCCGAUAUGAUUGUUUUUUUGUCAUGUGAUUCAUGGAUGAACUUCUCCAAAUCAAGUCAUUAUUGUAUUCAUUUAGUUAGGGUGAAGAAUGUCUCGUGUUUUUUUUUUUACCCCCGAUCUAUACAGUAAGAAGUGUACAUAACUUUUUAAAAGUCACAAAUAGCUAUUCAUGUGUUGCACUCCAUAUUUUUAUGUUGGAAAUGAAAUAUUGUGUACUCAAAAUGAUGCUCAGAUAUUUGGGUUUAUUGUGAUAUUUUUCAGUUCAUGGUAUGCGACACCUUGGAUGUUAUUAGGUCUACCUUUCUUAAGGUCCAUAUUGGAUGGAAGACAGACUGACA